AUGGUAUACGGCUCCUUCGAAUACGGACUUCUCAUAAAGUGCCAUCUCGUGUCAGGACUGGAUGUGGAACAGCAGCUGGGCCGAGUGGACCAAUCGAUAGAAUUUGCUACGCAGUGUAUCUCCUCGCCUUCAAGGCGCUGGUCGUCUCCGGUUGUCAACCGUGAAAAGCCGCUGAAUGUUACCGGUGUGUCGACACACAUUCUUGUUGUCAAUGCUCUGUUUGACCCCGAAACUCUGUACGAGAUGGCUGUCAAACUCUGGACCGAAAUCGAAGAUUCUGUCCUUCUUACCCGGAGAGGGGACGGCCACACUUCCUACAGCUUACACGGAGAUACUCAGCGUGCAAUAGACAACUACUUAGUGGAUCUGACACUGCCAGGUGUCGGUACUGUCUAUGAUACGUGA